CUGCAGUGGUACAAUAAUGAUCACAAUGUAUAUCAAUUUCAGAGACUCUCUUGGUGUCUGCCGUAUAACAAAGAUUCCUGCAUUGGUACAAUAAUGAUCACAAUGUAUAUCAAUUUCAGAGAGAUCAUAGAGUAACCCAACCAACCAUCAUCAAUAAGUCCAGUGAACAAUAAAGAACUCAGUAAGUCAAUCAAAUAGCCAUCCAAGACAAUCAGUAUCAACCGCAUAGAAUGAAUCCAACCGUCAACAACAAUUAGGUUUCUUAGUCGUAUCAGGCAUCGAAUCGAAGGGGCGGAUCACGGAUUCCAAACCAAACUUAGAAGAAUCUCGUCGAUCCUCACCCUCGGAGCUUCCGACGGACCUUCCAGCAAACGUAUCGAGGAGAGGUCAACCAAGGAAGAGAUGGAAUGGACUCAAUCGUCGAACUCAUCUUUCGGGAGAGAGAAAUAGAAAACCAAACUCUUCUUCUUCUAACACGUGUCUCCAAGAUCCGUUUCUUCCUCCGCUUAAUUAAGAACCAACUCUUAAGGUAUUUUCUAUUUUUUAUUUAUUUUAAUUACAAUUAAAUGCUAAGAACCUCCUUAAGGACCACGGUUAAUCCUGGUCUAAGUAUAGAAAAGGCCACAAUACUUUUCUCAUGAAACUUGGCCCGUUAUUCUCUAAAAAAAUUAAUUAAUUGGAAACAACAAAAUUAGAUAUUCACUAUCGGUGUUUUUAUUAGUUCCAAAAUAAAAUAGAUAUCAAAUUGUUCCUUGUGAACGAAGAAUAAGAUUUUUGAGAUAUUAGAUAAAGUAGAAAUCAUAAAUGAACCUAAUCAGAAAAGUAUUAAAGAUUUUUUAAACGUGAUUAUUUCCUAUUCCAGAUUAGAUAUGUGUAUUUUUUGAAACGGUUUAGAUCAUUAAGUAGAAAGAAAACUCUUUAAAAAGGAAAGAUAAGAUCCGUAACACCUUAUAUAAGGAGGGUUAAGGCAUUCUAUUUUGUUACAUUCACACAUUCAUCAACGCUUGAGUUCAAUAUUUGCUUCCAAAACUUUCUCUCUUCGAUCAUACUUGUAAUCUUUCUUGUUCAUCUUCGGUAGAUAAUGGCGACUAGAACAAGAAUCUUCAGCUUCGUGUUCGCGAUGAUGAUGAGCUUCAUGGUAUUCUCGGUUUACUGCUCGGCGAGGAUCUACACAGUUGGAGACUCCGAGGGAUGGACUGCCAAGGACGACGUCUACUACGCUUGGGCCGAAGCCGACCAUAAGGAGUUCCACGUGGGAGAUUCUCUAGUCUUCGAAUACGAUCCCAACAUCAACGACGUGAUUCAUGCUUCUGGCUCUUUGGAAUACGAGUUUUGCGACUAUUCUUCUCCUAAAGCCGUCUACAACACAGGUCAUGAUGUCGUGACUCUCACGGAACCAGGCUUUCACUACUUCAUCACCUCAAACCAAGCUCAAUGUGUGUUGGGACAGAAACUCAAAGUUCUUGUCAUCCAUGACCCGUCACGUCCGGUUCCUCCACCACCACCGAGCAAGAUCCUUCCUGUCGGAAAGACUUACAAGGUCGGAGACUCACAAGGAUGGAAACUCUAUAACAGUGACUUCUACAACAAGUGGAGUGAGGAGAGACAGUUUCAUGUUGGAGAUGCUCUACUUUUCGAAUACGACAAUGAAGUCAACGACGUCUACGAAAUCAGCGGUGACCUAGAAUUCAUUACCUGCGACCCAACGUCUCCGGUAGCCGUGCACAAGACAAGACAAGAUCUUGUUAGGCUUACAGAACCAGGUGUUCAUUAUUUCGUAACCUCGCACUCGGGUUACUGUGAGGCUGGGCUUAAACUUCGAGUGAUGGUUGGACCACUACCCAAAGCUGUUACUUUGCCUAGUUUUCCGAAGAAGGUGGACUUGUCAGCUAUGGAGCGCCUCAACAACUGGUUGCAGACGUUCAAACACCAACCCCAUCAUUAAUUAACCCAUUCUUUUUCUUAUCUUGUUUAAGAUUUUUAUCCAGUGUAGAGUUAUUGUACUUUGUUUUGGGAGUACUUUUAUAUGACCACCAUCGUUGUAGAGUAUAUUUGAUAAGAGCAAAAUAUUCAAUAAAAUUUCAUAAAAUUCUGUUGUCUUCGUUAAUGCAUAACACAAUACUUAAUUUUGUCUAAUUACGUAAUCAAUUUCAUCAAUGGAGUUAGGCCUAGACACAUUUACCGGGAACGGAAGAACCGAACCGCAUCCAACUCAAGAUCUUCACGUCUAGCCGUCCAUGAAGAUCACAUUGUUGUAUAUAACAAAGUCUAGCUUAAUCUAAUUGAAGUCUGGUGUUAGGUUCGCAGCUAAGACUGCUGUUCAGAAUUAAUUACAAUAGCACUUUUUUUUUUUUGUAACUGAAUUACAAU